GAGCUGGAUAUCAGCUCGUCUCACAGCUGCUAUCCAGGCUAGACGCCUUCGUUUGGUAACAUCGAUACACGAGCUGCCUCAUGUUGCUUCCAGGUGGGGAAAGAAUGAAAAGAUAAACCAUUUUCAAGCCCCGAACAUUGCAGCCGACCACACAGGAAGAACGAAUCAUGGCUGUUGUGUGUGCCUUCGCUCCUUUUUCUCUUGCGCUUUGGUUGGACCCGGAAAAUGCCGCAUCAGGCCAAAAUCCUUUCCACGCCCACCCCCGUGACAUCACGCUCCAAACUCCUGGAUGUUUUGGGUCGCUGGAAGGAUCGCGACCCCGGAAGUGCCUCUACGUUGGAGGCAGACACACCUGCUGCUCGUUACCCACAGCCAGCUGCAGCAGAUUACGCUUGUCAGGAGAGCCGUAUUUAGGAGUGUGGCUGCGCUGCAGCUGACGUGGUUUUUCUCAGUAACAUGGAGGUGCUGCCCGAGGAGUUCGUCGUCGGCCCAGCACGGCCCCCACGGAUAGUUCUCCUUAAUCCGGAGGUUAUCCCUACUACAGACCAGCAACGACUGCCGCACUCUGACGGGCUGCCAGGACCCCCACGUCGGCUUCAUCCCCAGGUUUUGGCGUUUCCUUGGCUGCCGAGCCACGUGCGGCUCGGCAGCCACGACCCCCACGCCAGCAACCACCGCCAGCAACCACCGCCAGGCCCGGAUCCCCUUCUUGAGCAGGUUAUCCCUACUCCGGCACGGCCAGACCGGCCACCACUUCCCCCACGUCGGCUUCGUUCACAGGUUUUGGACCCCCACGCCAGCAACCACGCCAGCAACCACCGCCAGGCCCGGAUCCCCUUCUUGAGCAGGUUAUCCCUACUCCGGCACGGCCAGACCGGCCGCCACUUCCCCCACGUCGGCUUCGUUCACAGGUUUUGGACCCCCACGCCGCCACGACCACCCCCCCCCCCCGCCACGACCACCCCCCCCCCGCCACCGGGCGCCCUGGCCGCCACGACCACCCCCCCCCCCGCCACGACCACCCCCCCCCGCCACCGGGCGCCCUGGCCGCCACGACCACCCCCCCCGCCACCGGGCGCCCUGGCCGCCACGACCACCCCCCCCGCCACCGGGCGCCCUGGCCGCCACGACCACACCACCCCCGCCACCGGGCGCCCUGGCCGCCACGACCACACCACCCCCGCCACCGGGCGCCCUGGCCGCCACGACCACACCACCCCCGCCACGACCACCCCCCCCGCCACCGGGCACCCUGGCCGCCACGACCACACCACCCCCGCCACGACCACCCCCGCCACGACCACCCCCGACCAUUUUUAA